CUUCCUUCCUGCAGCCUCGGCCCUUCUGCCGUGAAAAGGAGGCUGUGAAGUCUGGGCUGUCCGCCGUCACUGAGCCGAUCCUGAACCAGCUCGCAGGUACAGUGGAAUGGCAGCAAAGCGCCUGCUGACGGACCGGAGCCCGCGCUCAGCUGUCGUUCCGGGGUCUUGAACAGCUCGCUACCGCCGCUGGAGCCUCGGAGCCUGGAGGAGCCGCGGGUGGAGCUGCAGCCUGUCAGGCCGAGCCGAGCCGAGCUGCUGUCAUCUCCCGUCCGUUAAUGAUGCUCAGCAAGCUGCAGAACUGAAGUAUCGGCAACCCGAAAGCAGACCCGAGCAUUUUUCACUGCUCCCUCCCCCUCAGUGUCCCUGCAGGCUGCAGCAUGGAGCGUACCGGCAGCAUACAGCUGGACAUCCCAGACUUCAGUAACUCUGUUCUUUCUCACCUGAACCAGCUGCGUGUUCAAGGCCGUCUCUGUGACAUUGUGGUCAAUGUUCAGGGCCAAAGCUUUCGUGCACACAAGGUCGUACUAGCAGCCAGCUCGCCAUACUUUCGGGACCACAUGUCUCUGAGUCAGAUGAGCACUGUGUCACUGACAGUGAUCCGUAAUCCAUCAGUGUUCGAGCAACUGCUGUCCUUUUGCUACACGGGCCGUCUCUGCUUGCAGCUUGCAGACAUCAUCAGCUACCUGACAGCUGCCAGCUUCCUGCAGAUGCAGCACAUUAUUGACCGCUGCACCCAAAUUCUUGAGGGUAUCCACCUUAAGAUCAGUUUGGCUGACCUGGACGAAGAGUCCAGGGAUGAAGAGGGGGCACGGGGCUCCAGGAAUAGUAGGACAUUGGAGGCUGUGGUGCGAGGAGGGGGUCACAGUGGUUUGCGGCUGCUUGGCCCACGGGGAGGUGCAGAGCCAUGUGAAGCAGUCAGUCCAGCAGAAGAGCCACUUAGCCCAGUUCCAGCGGUGGAGCACAGUGGGCUAGAAGGGCCAGGGACCACCAGUGGAAGAGCAGGCAAAGAACCGAUACUACGCAUCAACCGAGCUGGUCAGUGGUAUGUGGAGACCAGCAGUGAACCAGAACGGACCGGCAGCGCUGAGGAGAGCAGCAUGGAUGGGAUCAGGAUAAAAACAGAGAGGAUGGAGGAAUGGAUUGGAACAGAAGAGCACCAGGAGGAGGGAGGGCCAGUGGAAGAGGGGGCCACGGUGAUGAUUGACACAUCAGGACGCAGUACACUGGUGACUGGACCGGUAGGAACGCUGGGGGCCCGUAGUAUCCAGCCAUCCUCCAGCUUCAGCGAGACAGACAGGUUUAGUCCCACUGGCAGCGUGGUCGUCCUGACAGAACGUCAGAGAGCAAAGAGCGAGUCUCCUAGCAGGGCAGAUGAGUUGCGACAGCCAAGCUCACAGGGAGAGGAGCAUACAACGUUUGAUAUGGGCGGUUAUGAGGACUACUUGAGGGAGCAGGUAGGAGAUCGCUGGUUCCGCUACAAUCCACGCCUCACCUGCAUCUACUGCUGCAAAUCCUUCAACCAGAAAGGGAGCCUAGACCGUCACAUGCGCCUACAUAUGGGUAUAACACCAUUUGUCUGCCGCAUCUGUGGGAAGAAGUACACCCGUAAAGACCAGCUGGAGUACCAUAUCCGCAAGCACACUGGCAACAAACCUUUCCACUGCCAUGUUUGUGGGAAGAGCUUCCCCUUCCAGGCCAUCCUCAACCAGCAUUUCCGCAAGAACCACCCAGGCUGUGCACCCCAGGAAGCCCACAGCGCCUCUCCUGAGACUACCACCGCUUCAGUUACAUCCAGGGGUGGUCCCAGUGAUGAAGCUUCCCCUAGUCAGGAGGAAUCUGAAGGUGGAGGAGGUAAUAGUGCUGGAGGGCAAUAUGGAGAGGGUCCCCAAGCCUCUGUUUCUACAACAGGACCAGACUGACCCCAGUGAAGGAAGGAACAUGGGGUGGGGGGUGAGUGGGGCAGCAUGAUCCUGUUGUAACCAAAGCUAACAGGAUGUUAAACCCGCUGAAGUCAAAGGACCCCUCAGAGUCUGAAAUGAGAUUUAUCCGCUUUAAACCGCAUCUACCUUCACCUACUAAACCGAACAGAUUAAGCUAAAAUGAAGAAAUUCCACACACUCCAACAACCUCAUAUGCCACAAAAUUCAGUGGUUCUCGUUUGCCUCCGUCUAGUUUAUGUUACAGAUUUCUACUUUUAUAUUUACAGGUAUUACUGGUCCACAACACAGCAUCACAACAGUAUGUCUGGUGGAGACUUUGCCAAACUACUCAGUGCCAGUUAAACAAUUCAAAUCCUUCAUAUUUGCCUUGAGACAAUCUGGAGCCGUUGGAUGAUGAUAAUAAUAAUAAUAGUAGUAGUAAUAAUAAUAAUCUUAUGCGUUCUAUAAGUGCCAUAAUGGCGUUAAAAGGUAUAGUUGCACAAAAAGGUUCAAUGAGAAACUUAAAACUAUUUAGCUGACGGUGCAUCCCAGUGUGAUUGGAGUUUCUGGUCUUUCCCCAUUUUCCUGCAUUUGGCACGAUUCAGGAUAGAUAAAGUUAUUACACUACACACUUUGACACUACGUACAUACCUCACUGUACAGCACAAAAAACUGCAGGCACAAUCUUCUGUUUCACAAUAUGACCAUCCAUCAAAAAAUGCAUUGCGAGACGGUAGAAAGACGAUGUAAGUGGACUGGUUCUUAUGUAGCGCUUUUCUACUCUGAGCACUCAAAGCGUUUUAUACAACUUGCCUCGUCCACGAAUUCACACAAACACUUUGCUGUGUGCUUUCUGUCUAACAGUCACACACAUUUGAGCGACUUGGGGUUAAUAUCUUACCCGUGGAUAUUUGGUUUGGAGAUUAGAGCAGCCAUGGAUCGAACCACCGACCUUCCAAUUAGAGGGUGACUUGCUCUACCUCUUGAGUCAUAGCCACCCGUGUGUGCCCAGUGGAAGAAUUGCAGGUGUAGAUGAAUAUAUACUUGUCCGAUAAAAAUCUGAAAAUGUUUAAUGUUAUUAUUUUUGAUCGAGAAUAGUCAAAAACCCUACAUACCUGCAUUUUAAAAGAGAGAAGAUUUGCCUUCGUCACUGUGAACUAAACUUUUCUUUGGGGAGUAUUUUGGGGUUUUGAACUGCUAUAUGCAAAGUUUUUAACUAUUAGUGCAUCUCACAAAAAUAGAAUAUGGAGAAGUGUGGCUCUGCUAAGAUCCUAUUGAAGCUGCUCUGAUGCCAACUUCGUGUGGAUUUUUGGAUCAGGUUUUCACAUCUUCCUCGAAAAUACUCCAUAGAGUCUCUGUGGGGUUUAGGUCAUGUGAUUUGGCUUGACAAUUAAGUAGAGUAAUAGCAUUGUUGGCAAACAUGUGGUAGUAGUGGUGGAGCUAUAGUCAGGUCAGUCCUGUUGGCAAAGGAAAUUUGCACCGGCAUCGCUAGAUAGAAACAUGAACUCUGUUAAUGCAGCCGUCUUCCUGGAAGUUUAUCCUUUGACAUAUAAAAACUCUCCACUCAGCCGGCCUUUUCAGCAGUGACCUUCUGUGGCUUACCCUCCUUGUGGUGGAUAUUAAUGAUCGUCAUGUGGAGAGCCGUCAGGUCAGCAGUCUUCCCCAUGACUGUGAUUGUGUACUAAGACAGAUACUGUGGUUUGAAUAGAAAUUUUCUAAAAUGAUAAAGACCUCAGUGCAGUAUCUCGGACAGUUUGAAAUACUCCAUUUCUAAUUUUCUUGAGCUAUAAGCAAACUUCAAAAAUGCUUGAAAAUAUUGACUUUGUGUUUAAUUAAUAUAGAAAAUAUGAAAAUCACCAUUGUGAAUGAAAUUGCCAAAAUAAUCACCUUUUUUACUGUAAUUUUUGGAGAUGCAGUAGUAUAUCCCAUUCCCUUCGAAUGCAACACAGGUCAUGUGACUUAUUUGUGUCACAUGAAAACUAUUACAUGCUUUCAUGUGACCCUGUGAUAAAGUCACAAGUAUGUAUGUAUGUAUGUAUGCACAAGUAUGGCCCUGAGAAUCAAAUGUGGACGGCUCCAUCAGCCUUCCGCUUCUCUGGAUGUACACGGGAUGUGUCGUAGAACAAAUAUUGAGAGGGAUUCUCACGCUUCAUGCAGGCAAAAUGGAUGGAAAAAUGUCUGUGGGGACUCCAGUCACACUGGGUUAAUGAAUUUGGCAUGAAUUGAAUAGAACUUCCUUACAAUAGUGUUUUUACUGUGGCAGUUGAACUCAGCUUCUACAGCAGGUUUUAGAUCACACUUGACCACCAACAAACUCACAGCAGGAAAACUGGACAUUGUCCAGCCUCAGAUAAGCUACACAGCUCAAUUACCUCUCAUCACUACGCAAUACAGCUGCAGCACAGCACCACCAGGAAGCGCUCUGCUCCACUCCCACAGAGAUCUCAGUCACUUUUCUCAGAUAUUUUUAUAAACAAACAUGUAUUUAUUGUUUUUCUUCAGUUUUCUUGGACACUUUCUUGCUCUGACAACGGGUGUGAUGGAAGACAGCUUGUUGUUUGAGGAGAACAAGAUAUUGGGAAGACCCGAUCAGUAUCUUGUGUGACAGUUAGUGACGCAUUUAAUCUACUGCACUUACCACAAGCCUGUGGGGGAAAAAAGUCAGACUGAAACUAAGAGUGAAGAACAGGUGACGCACAGGUAUUGAAGACACCGACACAGUAGAAAGGUCUGCUGAAGUGACUCCAAUUAUAGUCAGCACACCGAAGUCGAAUCAAAAUUUAUUGCCAUCGCUACUGUACACUGUGUAAACACAGUGUACAGAGAGACGAGACGACGUGGCUCCAACAGCUGUAGUGCAACAAAAAACUACAAACAUGACUCGUAGAUUAAAAAAACAAUAUAAAUGGGAAGAAAGUCUUAUAUAUAUAAGGGGGCCAGACCCCACUGACAUAGCUAAAAAAAAAUGCAUUAUUAUAUAAAAAAAAAAACACCUCACCAGGGAAAAGGGAAAUGAUCUCUUUGGGUCUCUUUGGGAAUACCUCGCCUUAGAACAGGGGUGGGAAACUCCAGGCCUCGAGGGCCGGUGUCCUGCAGGUUUUAGAUGUGUCCUUGAUCCAACACAGCUGAUUCAAAUGGCUGAAUUACCUCCUCAACAUGUCUUGAAGUUUUGUUGUUUUUUUUUACCAGAUAGUAAAGAUCAUAAAAUAAUACAUUAAUAUGCUUGCCUUAUUUAACCAGUUAAAAAUAUUAGUUUUGUGAGAGUUCAAAAAUCCUUCUGUAACUUGUUGAGCACCGCAGCACUGCCACAGAUGACCUCACCUUCACUCCUGAUGUCAUAGACAUGAAAGGGGGGACAUUUCAGACACUGUUGAGGAUAAAUGUCUCUCCAUUCAGAAAUGGAGUCUUCACAUAAAAAGGUAGACCACAAAAUACAUCAACAGAACACAUGUUACCCGACCUUAGCUUCGUUUUUGUGUACGGAGUGCAGUAGAGGUAAUGCGUCACUGACAAUAGAUGGUUCUGAUCUGGAUGAACGUUGAUUGGAUAUUGACAAGCCAAACCCUGAUAGACCAGAUGGAUGUAGUGGCCAGGCCAUGGAGCUGAACUUCAGAAGCCUCCUGUGAUCAGAGUUGACCUGUUGGCGGGCGGGAGCAGGUCGGACUAUCUGGCAACCAAAGGAAAGAUGGCGUGGCCGUGUGGGCCCCUCAAAACGCCAAAACAACUAAACCUCUUAUCAAUGAGGGAGAACGAGAAGGUCACAAAGUUUUUGUAACAAGAGAACAAUAACAAAUCUACACACAUUAUAAGACAAAUGUAUUUAAACUACUAAGAUGUUUUUGUUUUGUUUUUUAAAUAUGAUUAAUGUAAACAAGCUAGGAGUAGGCAGGUAGCACACAGAUGGACUGUUACUGUUUUCUUCUACAGAGCUGUGAAACAGAUUCUCAGUGGAUGGUCAAUUUUUUUAUGCAAGUGAAGCCAGCGGCUCUGUCCUCAAUCAAGUGAUUGGAGAUUUUGUCCCAGAUGCCACUGCAGCCACUGCCGCUAGGCUCACACUUCAGGCUAACCAGGAUAUCAGGUAUACAAACUCUUUUCUUUUAUUCAAAGAAUUGGAUGUUUACCUUUCCCACGUAGCAGUAUGCUAACAGCUAAACCUCAGUGCAGUAUGCACGCUGCAGAAAGAAAACUUACCUGUAAACAAAGAAAAAAAAAAAAGCAGCAGGGAAGGCAUCCUCACGAGUCGCCGUAGAGGUCGGCAAAACCAAGACUGGGAAAUAUGAAACAGAAAUGAGCAUGGUGACCUCAAGACCUCUUUCCGCAGAAUGUGUGGAUGUCUCCCACAGUCUGGGUCGGUGUAUAAGUAUGUGGUGAUCUUGCCUCUAACAGAUGUUUAAGUUUUGUCUGCUGUGUUGGGCUGGAACGUGACUUUGAGCAGGUGUUUUGAGAGAAAUCACGACUUUUAGAAGCAACCAAAAGGGGCUGAAUAGAAUGACUCGUGCAGGAAAUAUUGUGUAAAAUUAAGCAAACAUUAUUCAAUUAAGUUCCAUUCAACAGUCACCCCAAGGUGCUGUGUAUUGUACCCUACAGAAUAACGGGGAAAAGCACAUUUAUAAAAUAUUUCAUGUUCCAUAAAGUGACAAUCAAAUGAUUUUAGCUGCUAAUUAAUAAUCAAAUUCUUUGAACAAAUUCCCCUAAUUGGACAUUACUUUUGGAAGGUAGUUAGUACAUGGCAACAUGGCUCGAUCACAUUCAAAUCAGGAGCUGAUUAAAAACUUUUAAAAACCUGCCGUGAUUAUACAGAUUAAACAGUGCAACGUGCUGGGAGGUAUGUGACAUGACAAAGAGCAGCUCGAGUCAUUUGCCUGAACCCGCAUCUAGCAGCAGCCAACACGUGACUUUACAGUACAUUUGUGUAUUCGUGUUAUUUCCUGCAUCAUUUGUGUUAUGUUAUGUAUGUUAGCAAAAUACUGUUAGUCUCAAUUUCAAUUCAGUUUAUACAGCACCGAAUCACAACAACAGUCGCCUCAAGGAGCUUUAUAUUGUAAGGUAGACCCUACAGUAAUCCAUACUCAGUAGGUAUUAUAGCAGUUGAGGACUUUUAAGUUUUGUUGAUAUAAGGCUAAAAAGAAGACGUUGGCAGUUACCUGCUAUUUCUUCUUGAAUUUAAACGUGAAUUACAAAUCCACAGGUACAGGGCUUUCCUGCUGCAGAGUGGGCCUUUUCGGGUUAAUAACUAGAUUGGUCUGCAUGUAGUUACAUAGUAUAGACUGUUUCAGCAUUGUAUUGCUGUUUCUGGCCAUUGACCAACAAAAAUGCCUUUUAUUUCUGAGAAACCCCACCCAAAAGAAAAAAAAAAACCUAAAAGAAAUGGGUGUGCCACCAUUUUUGUAAAAUCCAAGAUGCAUAUACUUGUUUUAUCAUAUAUAAAGUCCAGUACCAGAAAGCAUAGCCCCAAACACUUUUUCACCUUCAAUAAUAUUUUCUGCACAGGUCAGGAUUCAGCCCCUCUAUUGAUUCAGUUACCGACAUCAUGUAGACGAUUUAAGACCUGAGCGUUUCUUCAUGUGUUUCAUAAGAAAUCCGGUUCAUUUUGGUUCACUUUGUGUUUUACAUUUAUCAGGAAUUAUCCAAUGUAUAGAAAUCUUUUUUAGAGCAGUGAUCAUGAGAAGUACUUCAAAGAGACAUUUCUGACAAAGAACAAAAGAUUCGAGUUGCACAUGUUGACCUGUUCCAGCAUUAAGACAUUAACUUGGGGUUUCCAACCACCAUAGACCCAGGAACAAACAGAUCGGCCUUCUUUUUUGUGUUUCACGUUCUGUUUCUGCUUCCUCCUCUUUGCUCUGAAUCGAAGGAAAGCAGGGAAUACUUCGUGUUUUCACUGAGCAAUACAUCAUUUCAUGUUAUUGCUGGUAACAAGCUGCUCCCUUCUGGUUCAGGGUGGUCCUACUUGAGAAAUCUACAGUAGGAAAAGUUGGCUUAGAGCUGCAUUCAGAAACCACUGCAUUUCAAACUUGAUCAUAAGAGAAUCGCUCAAUCAAGUCUUUCUCUGCUCAAACAUGCAGCAUUGACAGUUUGCCUAUAAGACACCAACAACAACCCAAUCUUCAUCAAUCUGUCCAGUGGAAAUAGAUGUGACAGAUUUCAGUCUAUAUUCAAAUUAUCAUUCUGUUGCACAUCAGACUUGUAUAGUUAUACGCAAAAAUAUCAAGAAAAACUUGGUAAAGCAAGCAAAUGUGUCUCAAUUCACCCAAAAUGGGUUGUGAAGUGUAGUGAACACUGAACUGUAAGAGGGAAGGUGCUCAACUGAACCAACCUCUGUGCGGUGAAAUGGCCUCGCCUAGCAUUCUUAAAUGUUGUAAACUGGCCUGUAUCUGCUGUUUGCCCAAUCCCUUGGAGUCACAGACACGACAGUCUCUGUCAUUAUGCUCAACAACACGAGCGAUGCAGUAAUGAGUCCGACAUGAGUAAAUGUUAAGGCUCAUCGCAGUGUUCACCGUUACUUCAGCUACGUUUGCUUUAAACACAGACGGCCCAAAUCAGACUUUUCCUCCUCAGUGAUUUCUCAUGUUCCGAUCCGCUUUCAUCCUCAAACUGUGAAAAACAGCAGAACCUCCUCAUGAUCCUCACGUCUUUGAGUCAGUCAAGGUUCCAGCUCGUUUGCUUUAUUCAGAAUGCUAAAGUUUAAUUCUCUUGUAAGAGGUGCAGUCUAAAUUUUCUUUUUCCUACCUGGAUAAAUCCAGUAACAUUGACCACAACAUGCCUAACCAUGAAUCAGAUCAUUUAACUAUAUUCACGUAAUAACUCUUUAAUGUUGAUUCCUCAGAGUAUAUCCUAAUAUAUCAAUGCAGAAAAUAAGUCAAAGUAAACAAAUUUUAGAUAGUAAAUUAACUUUUAAUACUGUACUUUUUUUUUUCUUGAAGAGGAAGUACUUAAGUUCUGUAGUAGAUGAACCUGAAAGGUUUUAUGUGAACAUCUUUUAUGUUGCAUGUCUAUUGCUAAAUCAUGUUGGUGGAGGGUGUGGGAGGGUGGGGGGAUGUGAGGCCAAAGGUCAGUUAGUUUAGAUAAAUGUGAAGAUGCUUACUUUCACUAUGACCACUAGAUCACUCACAGGUUGCAUCUCCUUCAAAGGAAAUAAAGCACUUUAAGUGACAAAUGCCACCGACUCGCCUCUGUCUCCAGCAGCAUUCACAAACGUGCGCGUGUGAACGUGACACACACAUCUGGAAUUCAGCACUACGCUCUCACCUGUUUUCCAUGAACAUGUUUAGAAGUGCCUCAAACUGAAUACUGCAACUACUCCUACUACUACUAAAAAUAAAAAAAAAUGUAUAAAAAU